AUCAGCGCCCAGAGUUAAAGUUUUCCUUUCCAUCAGCUCCUAAACACCACAGGGAGUUUCAGCGGUGCGGGGACAGGGAAUCUGGGAGCCCAGCGCUCAGUACGUUGAACAGCGUCUGCUGGAAGUAAAAGAUCUGGGCAGGAAACACAGAUCCUUCAGGGGGAUAAAACCCCCAAAAUCAGAUAUCCAGUGUAAACGUGGAACUGGAACGUAAACAUGGAAAACCUUUGCCUAUUUAUUGUGUAUUUAAUGUAUCAACCCAUGAAAUACACAACCCAGAGCAUCAAACCUGCUGUUUCAACAUCCUCGCCAUUCUUCUGCACAUGGAAGCCUAACACAAACUUUCAUGAACUUCCCAAUCUGAAAGCUUAAUUUCCAACCCUUGUUGCCAGCUCUUCUACACAAUGAGCCAAUGAUACAGCAGGAAGGAAUCUUGAGAGCUCCUCUGAAUCCACUCUUAAAGGGUGGCAUGACCUACGUGGGAAUCCAAGGAAUUAUGCAACAACAUGUGCAAGGGUUUGGGGUCCCCAAUUUCCCUCUCCACCCAAACCACCUGUGUGCAGAUUGUCAAGGGGUUAAAUCUACCACUGAGAAGUGUUGGCAGAGAGAGGUCUUAAUUGAGUAAUUUUUCUUUUCCUUUGCAUGCCCGUAAGUUUAAAUCAUUUAACCAAUGCCCUUCGUAACAGAACUCUGGAAGUACCUGACUGGCAUUUGAAUUCCCGCCAAGCAGCUUUUUGUCCAACUUCUGCCAGUUCAAUAAAAAACACGUGUGUUUCAUGCACACAUGACCACCCUAAAAGUCAAACAUUCUAUUUCCCAUGCUUCCUGCCCCGACCCACCACUUCCCACUUCUGCAGUCCAGAAAAAAAAAAAAAAAAGAAGGAAGUCAAGCUGGAAUUGCUAUGGAGCUGCUGCUUGCUGUACUAUUUCCAUACAAGGUAGGGAACAGCUUCCUCUCAGCAAAACUUACAGGUUUCCACAGCAAAGAAUAAUAUUUGUAUCUUUACACGGCUGCCUUUUCCGUGACAGGCUGUAACUCUCUCAGCAGUUGAAAACAGAGGGAAAAUAGUUAUUCCCGCAGCAAACAGAGCUACUGUAACUCAGUAAGUCACACUACAGUCAGCUUGGGACACUACACCUCAAAGCUGCUUGGAGCCGUCUAAAAUGGGGUAAAUAAACCCAGAAUGAAAAACCAACACCACCAAACUGCUGGCUCAGCACGCUGCAGGCGGCACAGCGAGGUUUCUGCCCGAUGUUCAGUGCUGGGCCAACCUUUCGCCCAGUUUCAGCUCCUUCCAGCUGCAAUCGCCAGCGCCGAGAGAAAAACAAGGUUUGCCCAGCAUGGUUUCCCUGGCCGAGAAGGACAGAGCGGUGGUUCAGCUCUUGCUCGACGCUGGCACGUGCCCACGAUGCGUUCUCAGGUUCUGCUGCGUGGGGUCACAGCUGCUCUACAGGCGCCCGCUGCAGGACCUGAUGAAGGAUCUGCAGGAAUUUCUGAAGAGCAGCCGGGAAGAGGAAGACACAGCCUGUCUGGAUGUGGCUGACCCACCUUGUAAGAGAAUCAGGCUUGAGCACAGCAGGGAGGAAGGUGCUGAUGACCUGAACCACAACGGGGCUGUCCCGCAGCUUCCCUCGGCUGGCCCUGGCAAUACUGCCCUGGAGAGCUCUGCUGGGAAGGUUUGCAACGUGUGUUUGGGAAUCCUCCAGGAGUUCUGCGAGGCUGACUUUGUUAAAAAGGUGUGCCAAAAAGUUAAUUCCGCUGACUACCAGUUCACCAGUUUUGUCUUUUCUGUGUCACUACCCCCACAGCUGUCUGUCAGGGAGCGUGCUGCCUGGCUGGGGGUGAAGCAGCAGAUGAGAAAUCUGGGCCUUCCCUUGGCAAAGGAUGACAUCGUUCAGCUGAAGGAAGCUUAUAAGUGGAUUAUUCAUCCCCAGCUGUCAGAAGAGUUGGGUGUUCCUGCUGAUGGAAAGAGUUUGUUUGAAGUCAGCGUGGUCUUUGCUCACCCAGAAACAGACGAGGAGUGCCAUUUCCUAGCCACAGCCUGCCCAGACUGUUUCAAACCAGCGAAGAACAAACAGUCUGUUUUCACCAGAAUGGCAGUUAUAAAAGCCCUGGAGAGGAUAAAAGAAGAGGAUUUUCUCAAGCAUUUUCCAUGUCCCCCAAGCUCACCAAAGAACCUCUGUGAUGCUCUGGAAAUUCAGUGCAAUAAUGGGGCGGUUUUUGUGGCUGGAAGAUACAACAAAUAUUCCAGGAAUUUACCUCAGACUCCCUGGAUUAUUGAUGGGGAGAGGAAACUGGAAUCUUCAGUGGAGGAAUUAAUUUCAGAGCAUCUGAUGGCAGAAUUCAAGGCAGACAGCUUUAACUUUAGUUCCUCUGGAAGAGAAGAUGUGGAUGUAAGGACACUAGGCAAUGGAAGGCCCUUUGCGAUGGAGCUGGUGAAUCCCCGCCGGGUCCGUUUCACCGCCGAGGAGAUGAGGAGGCUGCAGCAGGCAAUUAAUGACUCUUCAGACAAAAUACAGGUCCGAGAUUUACAGCUUGUCACCAGAGAGGCAAUUGGUCGUAUGAAGGAAGGUGAGGAGGAGAAGACAAAGACCUACAGUGCCUUGAUAUGGACAGACAAAGCAAUACAGAGAGAAGACAUCGCGUUUCUCGAUGACAUCAAGGAGCUGAGGCUGGAGCAGAAGACCCCUCUGCGGGUGCUGCACCGGCGGCCGCUGGCCGUGCGCUGCCGGCUCAUCCACACCAUGAGGUGCGAGUACAUCGACGAGCACCACUUCCGCCUGCGCCUCAGGACUCAGGCAGGAACCUACAUUAAAGAGUUUGUGCACGGAGACUUCGGGAGAACAAAGCCCAACAUUGGGUCCCUUCUGAACAGAACUGCUGACAUUCUGGAGCUGGACGUGGAAUCUGUCGACGUUGACUGGCCUCCAACCCUGGCUGAUUAACCUCUGGAGCUGGGAUGAGGAAGCAGCAGCUCCUUGGCAGCAGCUGGUGACCGGACACUGUGCAGGAUCUGUCACAGCCUGGGUGCCAAGGGUGUCCCUGGAACACUGGGGUCACGUUGAUCUGCCAAAGGAUACCCUUGGGCACCACUUCACACACUCAGGACCAGGUAGUGUCGGCUCAGUCUCUAGCCUUACUUUUAUUUCUUCUGUACAUAAAAAGAUUUCGGGGAGCCAGUGUCUGUAACCCUCCAUCAAGGCAGGUUUUAUUUUAAACUCUUUUCCUGUUGGAUACUACAGCUUUCCUUGUGUGGAUGCGGGUAACACUGAGUUACCUGGACACCACUCCCAACUUUUUCUGAGCAGUUCAUGCAGGAAAUCCCAAAGCCAGGGAGACUGCAGCCAGCAGGACAGUGCCUGCAGCAAGUUUCCCUGAGACACUGCUAUUUUUUUGGUCAGUGGCCGUAGAGAUAAGCAGAUUUGUCUCUCAGACUGCUUUUCAAAGGGAAAAGGAAAAAAAGAAAGUUUUCAGAGGAAAACUUUGCACUUAAAACCAAGUCUUUCUCAUUUAAAAGCAUUGGGGAUGCUUCCUAGAAACAAGAGUUGAGGCCUCCUCAGCCCUUUUGAGGAGUAGGAAUUCCCCAGUGAGUCACAACACACAAAAAGACUGGGAACUCCUGGCUGUGGUGCAGGAUGGGAAUCUAAAGAAAAACAGGAACACCAAGAAUGUCAAAGUGCAGACAGAAACAAAAGGUACCACAGGCUGCUGGUAUCAAGAGAGAGAGAGAGAGAUAAAAAGCUGUGAUUUAGCAGCAUAAUAACAUUUUGUCUUGUACCUCACCUUGGAUGGAUGCCUGGAAGAGUUGAACACAGCCUGGGAACUGGAAUAGGGAAGGUCUGAGGUUUUCUUUGGUUAUUUUAAAUGUUUCCUACUAAGCACCACCACCAACAUCUUUAGGAAGUAAUUUUUUAUACCAGUAUCGUGUUAAUGCAUGAGGGAGGUGCUUCCUGAAGUACAGAAGAGAGUUAAACUAUCAACAAGAAAUUAAGGUUUGGAAUUUCAGAGCUCUUUGUUAACAUUUUGGGGAUAAAGAGGGAACAUUUGCCAAGACAAGCCACUGUCUGGGGACGGGGAGGAUGACUGGGAUGUCUUCCCUUGAAUUCAGUGAUGCUAGGAACAGCUCCAUGAGAGCUUGAGCUGGAGGCUCUGGAAGUGUUCAUAAAUACAUUUUUAAGGAGCUCCUUUAAGGCUCUGCCUGUGCUGGGCUGUCAGAACUUGUGUCUGGAACGUAGCUCAGAAGCUCCUGUUUUUCUAACACAAAAAUUUGAUCCAGACAGAAAUACUAUUUUUGGUUUUAAUAUUAAAGCUCUCAUGAGCAACACAUUCCAUGGGUAGUUCUCAGAUAAUAAUCUGCAGCCAGGAAGGAAAUGUCAUUGAUGAUGGAACACUAAAGAAACUGAAUUCAGAAAACAAAAGGGAAUUUCAUAACGGCGUGAUUUCCUAAAACCGACAGUGAGCUGAAAUACAAUUUAUAAAUUCCACCAUCUACAAGGGAGAGAAAAAAAUGUAAACAAGACUGUGCUCUCUGGACACAGCAGGCAUGGGAAGAGCUGUUCCGAGGGGAAAUGGAGCCAGAGGGGAGAGGGAAAGGGCUGCUGCAGUAAUGCCAAGGACACACAAGGCUCUUCCCUCUGCAGCUCCUGUGCACCUGGGAUCCCAGGCAGAAUCCAGGAUAAUCAAGCCAUAAAGAUGCCCCUCAGUGUGCUGGGGCUGAGCUCUUCUCUGGGCAAGGCAGACAGCUCCUCCCAAAAUUCCCAAAAUUCCCAGGCUGUUUAUUUUUACGGUAAAUCUGAAGUAUCGGAAAGGGGGGGUGGAAGCUGAUAUGCAAAUACCCCCGAGCUCUCGAGGCAGCUCCUGGGCACCCAUCACAGGCAAAAACGAAACUGAGCAAUGUAAUCUGGGGGUCUGAACUUUGCCUCCAGUCCAGUUUUGCAACCACCACGUACCGAAUAUUGCACCGAUAACAUUCACGUCGUACUCGGGCCUGCAGCUGAUUUUUAGGAGUAUUUUUGUGUGCUCAAACUGGGUGUGUGGCGAGAGGCAGAUUUCAUCUUGCGUUUCCCCAGCUGGACACCUCUAAUGCCUCCCCCCUGCACUUUGGUUUUGCAUCAGCUCAGCUGGGCCUGGAGAGAGCUGAACUGGCAGCGCAGCUCAGCCAAAAGCAUCUGUGCCCUUGUCCCCUCUGCCUAGAAACCCAACAGCUCUGCCACAAACCUGCUGAGACACAUCAGCCCUCACAAGCCUGAGCUUUUAUACUGGCCACCAGCAACAGGGAGCAGAAAAUACCCCAAAAAACCCCAGGAUAAGCAGCCAAGAACCUACCUUGUCCCUUUUCCCUGCCUUUCCUGUGGUCACGGAGCCGAGGAGGUUGCAGAAGCUGAGCACUUGGUAUAACCAGUUUUUUUUAAUUACCAAACCAACUCGUUUACAAAGGAAAACAGAACUUUGAAAAUAUUUAAUUAUACAGUAAAAACAAAUUGUACUACAAAGAGCUUUCUAUGAAAUGAGCAAAAUGUUUACAUUUAAUAUACUUAAAAUUGAGAACUUAAAAAAAAAAAAA